UUGGUAUUUUAGCGUCCACCGCUUAACACGUGCAGUGCGUUUUGUUUAUAGUUACCGCUUAAAGGCAUAAUUUCAGUUCUUUGAUUUAUAAAUUAACUGUGCGAUAUGAAGUUUUCUUACAAAUUCUCGAAUUUGUUGGGCACAAUUUAUCGCAAUGGAAACUUGGUCUUCACGCCUGAUGGCAAUUCAGUUAUCAGUCCUGUGGGCAACCGGAUAACGGUAUACGAUCUCAAGAACAACAAGUCGCGCACUUUGUCUUUGGAGUCCUAUUACAACUACACAAACAUUGCCCUAUCUCCAGAUGGCAGCCUGUUGAUCGCUGUCAAUGAGCAGGGCAAUGCGCAGCUGAUAAGCAUGCUCUCCUGCACGGUCAUACAUCGGCAUAAAUUCCAAACGGGCGUGCAGUGCAUCAACUUCAGUCCCGAUGGCAAAUACUUCGCAGUCGCACGAGAGAAUCUUGUGUUAAUCUUUUGCUCUCCGGGUGAAAUAACUGGCGAGUACAAUCCGUUUGUACUGAAGCGUAGUUUCAUUGGUGGCUACGACGAUAUCACGUGGCUAGAUUGGUCGUCAGACUCCAAGCUUCUGGCAAUUGGCUGUCGCGAUAGCUCCACUAAAAUAUGCGGCAUAAAUCACAUGCUUAACUUUCGAACGUAUAAUCUAAGCGGACAUACGGAUGCCAUUGUAUCGUGCUUUUUCGAAUUGAACAGCCUGCACUUGAACACUGUCAGCCGGAAUGGACAACUCUGUCUGUGGGAAUGUAGCCUGGAGCCAUCGGACUUAACUGAAGUCGAUAAAGCUAAGGCGGAACCUGCGCCGCCAUCUGCAAAGCGAAAAACUCCAAAUGCUUUUAAGGGAUCAGACAGUGAAUCCGAAGAUGAUAUUGAAGACAAUAUGGAAAAGAAAGUAUCAAGGAAGGCAUUGAAUGAAGAAAUCGAUGACCUGGACCAGAACGAAGUGAAAGACGAAGGCGUGCAAAAGACCCAUCCGUUCUAUUAUAAAAAGCUCGGUCGGCACUAUUUAGCCAACGAGCCGCGCAAGGAGAAACGCGAUGCGAUGCUAACGGCGGCCAACUACAAUCGGCAUACAAAGGUGUUGGUGGUCGCCUUUAGCACUGGCGCCUUCUACUUGUACGAGCUACCCGACGUCAAUAUGAUUCACUCGCUGAGCAUCUCCGACUACCCCAUAUCGACGGCCCUCUUCAAUAACACUGGCGAUUGGGUUGCGCUGGCCUCACGCGAAAUCGGCCAACUGCUGGUGUGGGAGUGGCAGAGUGAGCAGUACAUCAUGAAGCAGCAGGGCCACAGCAGUGAAAUGACCUGCAUAGCCUACUCGCCAGAUGGCCAAUACAUUGCUACAGGCGGCGAGGACUCCAAGGUAAAGCUGUGGAACACCCAAAGCAGUUUCUGCUUCGUGACCUUCAGCGAGCACACGAGUGGCGUGACCGGGGUACAGUUUAGCCGUAAUAAGAAGUUCCUGGUUAGCAGCUCACUGGACGGCACAGUGCGUGCUUUCGAUAUAAUAAGAUACCGUAACUUCAGGACAUUCACAUCGCCAACUCCUGCUCAGUUCGCCUGCGUUGCAAUUGACUUCUCGGGAGAGUUGGUUGUUGCUGGUGGUCAGGAUGUCUUCGAGAUAUUCUUGUGGUCCAUCAAAACGGGCAAAUUGUUGGAAGUCAUUAGCGGUCACGAGGGCCCAGUGACAUCUGUGGCCUUCUCGCCUGUGGCCACUUCUUCGACACUCAUCUCUGGAUCUUGGGAUAAAACUGUGAAGGUUUGGAAUUGCCUGGAGAGCAAUAGCGAGCACGAAACAAUUGAUGCUAUUUCUGAUGUCACAUGCGUAGCAUUCUCUCCCAGCGGAGAAGAGAUCGCCGUCGCAACGCUCGUUGGCAACAUACUAAUCUUUGACGUGAAAUCAGCGACACAAGUGAACACAAUUGAGGGACGCAAUGAUUUGGGUGGCGGUCGAUUGCAGACGGAUAUAGUAACUGCUAAGAAAAAUGCCAAGUCGAACUAUUUCUCAACGAUAGAGUAUUCAGCGGAUGGAGAAUGCAUUCUGGCUGCUGGCAAAUCCGCCAAUAUCUGCAUAUAUCAUGUGCGUGGGGCGAUGUUACUGAAGAAAUUUGAAAUAACACAAAAUCACAGUUUGGAUGGCUUAAAUGAGUUCAUUAGCCGCAAGCAUCUGAGUGAGUUUGGCAAUAUGGCUUUGGUAGAGCAACGUGAGGAGGGCGAAGGCGGCAAUGUGGCGAUUCGUUUGCCGGGCGUACGUAAGGGCGACAUGUCCUCCAGGCGUUUUAUGCCUGAGGUGCGUGUCUUCUGCGUUCGCUUCUCACCCACGGGACAAGCAUUUGCCGCUGCAGGCACCGAAGGACUUUGCAUAUAUGCCCUAGACAAGGGCGUGGUAUUCGAUCCGUUUGAUUUGACGCUGGAAGUGACACCAAAGGCAGUACACGAGGCGCUUAAAAGCGAGGAGUUCACCAAGGCGCUCGUCAUGUCCUUGAAACUGAACGAGCCCAAUUUAGUGACCUUAGUGCUGGAGCGCGUGCCAUACAGGGAUAUUGAGCUACUUUGCGCGGAUCUAUCGCCCGACAUCGCCCAACGUUUGCUGCAACAUCUGGCGCGCCUCCUGCAGUCCUCGCCCCACAUCGAGUUCUAUUUACAGUGGAGCUGUUGCCUGCUGAAUACCCACGGCAAUCGUGACGACGUCUUCCAGCACACGGCUCUGCUCGGCCUACACGAAAGCAUUUCGCGUAAAUAUGAAAUGCUCAACAAAAUAUGUGACUACAACAAGUACACGAUACGAGUGCUCCUGGACAGAGCGGAGCAAUUGGAAGCAGAGAAAGGAGCAGACGCGACAAUGGAUGAGGAUAGUGAUGAUGAAUUGAUGUUGAUCAAGAGUAAAGCGGACAGAGCCGAGGAAUGCGACUUUAGCGAUGAAGAAGAAGAAGAAGAAGCAGAGGAAGACAGUGAGGAGUCUGACGGAGUGUAGAAUAGUUAAUCUUGUUAUAUAGAUCGUACGAAUACGCAUAUUAAAUUGUAAUUUUAAUGAAA